CAAAGCUCCACGAACAUCUUGCGAUAUGUCCGGAAAGCAUGCUAUUACCUCGAUACGGGAAACUCUCAACUGAAAUAAUAUAUGAGAUUCAACAUGACUUGGAAGAGAAAUGCCAGGAAUUUGAAGAAGCGAGGUACCAGCUAGAGGAGUGCCGUCGUCGGGCGGUGCACGUGAGCGGCAAUGCAAACCCGAUCCAACCUACCGAAAGAGAGGUCAAAGACAUCGAAACUAAGUUCGCAAGGCUUAAGACUGAACGGCGGGACCUCUGGUUCAUGUAUAAUAAGGCUCUCAGUAGCUAUGCAAAGACCGCCGCACUCCCAGAUCCAAUCAGGUUCAGCCAUAACGACUUCCAUAAGGAGAUGGAGAGGUGUGAUCCUGAUGCAAAGCUUCAUCCCGUAUUUGGUUGCUAUGGAAGUUCGAUUGAUCGUGAUCUCUGCACGAUCAAAGAAUAUCCGCCCAUGGACCCUUUCUCCAACUUGAUCAUCUUUCAUGUCCUCAUCCGGUUAGGAGAGAGUAAGCGUUUUGAACGCUUCUUCGAGGACAAGUCUACUCAGAAGCUGGGUGUUGUGGCUGGAGUUGUCACUACAGCAACUCACGUAAUCAAUAGUGUUCUUCUGCCCCUCUUCCUCGCUGGAUCGAUAAUCGGACUAUUCUUCGUCAAAUCGAUGAUAGCUCGGCUUGCUGUUAUUGUCGCGUUGCUUUUAGUAUUCUCCUUCGUGGCGAUAUUCUUCGUGAGAUCGGGUCGGAACGAUAUGGUCAUUUUUAUGUCUGCAUAUGCGGCUGUACUGGUCGUCUUUGUGAGCGGCAACAUGUCGUCUCAAUGAUAACUGCGAUCAAACGUCGCAGAGGUGAGGUUGAAGGGAAUCCGCGACAUGAGAUCGCCAGUGGCGCUUGACGACACAUGAAUAGCCGAAUAUUGCAACCUUGAAGGCACAAAAGUGGCAGUCCUAUCUUCCGGGAGCGGAACAAUCAGAGUAAUAAAAACAAAAAGUAU